GGUUAAUUGUUGUCGGAAGCAUACUAUGUACCAGGGAAGGUGUGGUUUACGUAAUUAAUUGCAUAUAUGUGUAAUAAUGAAAAUGGCUGGUUGGCUGACUGACUCUCUGACUGAUCACAACUGAGCACUUCACAGCUUAACGCAUGAUACGAAGAUUACGAAGAAUAGAGUGAUAGCAGUAAUAUCCCACACACACACACACUCACACACACUGAAGAACGAAAUUAUGGCCUACAAUUUAACAUGUUUCAACGCUGAAACUGAUUUCACACCUGAAGGUGUUAUGAUGUACAGAUUUCGAGCGUAUGUAACUCCACUGAUUGUAAUUUUCGGCACAACAGGAAAUAUUCUCGUUCUUAUAGUAUUUACUAUUAUGCAAAUGAAAUCUGCAUGUCGAUUUAAUUCCUAUGUAAUUGGUAUCACUAUAGCGCAUAUUAUGGAAUUAAUAUUCAAUGCAUUUCUAGAUGAUUUUCUUGGCAGAGGAUUAGCCUGGUUAAGUCGAUGUAAUAUUAUUGUCAAGUUGGAUAUUUAUUCAAAAUUCUCGUGUAAAUUUUUUCUCUACAUUCCAGAAGUAUCUGCACUGAUAUCUACAAAUGUGCUAGUCUUAUUCAGCUUUGAUCGUAUACUGACUGUUUAUCAUCCGUUAAGAUUUCGAGGCGAUCGUCACCUAAGAGCUGUCCACAUUGGUAUUAUCAGUAUUUAUGUUAUCGCUAAUAUUUUAUACCUGCCAACAUUGAUCAAUUCAGAUCUUGUUAAAAAUAGCAAAAAUUAUACAGUUUGUCAAUUUGUUGACCCGUUGAAAUUUAGUGUACAAUAUAAUUUAUACUUAUCAAAUAUUGCCUCAACAAUUAUCCCAACACUAGUGGCCAUAAUCACAACAAUUAUGAUUAUUAUUAAACUACACAAAAUAUUUAAAGAACGCUAUCGUAUGUGUCAACAACACGGUGAUCGUAAUCCGAAUGAACUGCGUCGGAUAGCUGGACACUUGGCUAUGACAACAAUGUUUUUUAUUCUAAAUAUUCCAUUAAUUAUUGUUGUCCUGUUAAGACAACACUCGGAUUACAGUGAUUACAAUUCAUUGUAUCCACAACAUGCUUUAAAGUUAAAGCAUCUAUCCAAGUUGUUUAGUUCAAUGAAAUCAUUGAAUUCAGCUAUGGAAUUCCCCACAUUUUUUAUAUUUCUACCUUCAUUUCGUUUACAUUUACGUCAUUUAUUCUGUGGUAAACAGAAACCUCUUGGUGGGAAUGAUGUGUUUAAUCUACGCAGAAUGAGAACAACAAUCAGUAGUGUAAUAGGACAUAAAAGUCAUCAAGAAUUGGAAUCGAAAACAAAUAAUCAUGAAAAGUUUAAAUCAAAUUUUACAAAGGGAAAGAAAAAAGCAUUGAAUCAAAGUGCACACAUAUAAAAUUUUUUUUUAAAAAGAAUAAACUGUUGUAGAAAAUUCCUGUUGAUUACUGUUUGAGGAGGACAGCAGUUGAAAGACGGAGAACAACACAGAAGGGAAUAAUAGUACAGUUGAGUUUUGUUUUUGUUUUGUUUGUUUGUUUUAUUGUCAGAGAAUAUUUAUUUAAAACACUCUAUGUCUUCUAUUUACUUUCUUUUGAUAAAAUGAUUGUUGUGAUUAGUAUUGUUUGUUCUGAAGACUUACUAUCAUCGGCAGGUAAUAUUUGAACCGGUGGGUGUAUAUCGAAAUAGACUGCGUGGUACAUACAACCAGAUUAUAUUUUUUUUGGUAAUAUCAGAAGCUCCGGUAAACACGUUUGGUG